AUGCCAUCCAGGAAGAAAACCUCCAUGUUUGCCUCUGCUUUCUGUACCUGUGUGAGCUCCUUCGUGGUGAUCUGCGUGGUGCUGGCCACCCCGCGGUGGGUGAGCAGCGAGGUUCGGUUCUCGCGCACCGGCUCCACCGUCACCGUCAGCCUCACCUACGGCCUCUUCCGGGGCACCUGCGAGCAGUUCGUGGAUGCAGGACUCCAGGUGUCCAAAACCACCUUCCAAGUCUCCGAGGCCCUGAGCAGCAGCAGGAGCAGCAGCCUGACCGUGGCCACCAUCGUGGUGCUGGUGCUGGCCCUGCUGGGCUCCCUGCUCAGCUCUGCCUUCACCUGCACCAACGCCGUCAGCAACCCCUACCAGACCUUCCUGGGGCCCGUCGGGGUCUACACCUGGAACUCCCUGUCUGGAGUCCUCAUCCUCAUAGCCAUGAUCCUUUUCCCUGUGAACGUGGAAGGGAACAGCCUGUCUGAAGAGCUGGCCCAAAGCUGUUCCAGCUCCCUGCAGACCCACCUUGGAUCCACACACAACUAUGGAUAUUCCUACUGGAUCAUGCUGCUCAUCCUUUUCCUGAACAUUGCUUCUAUCAUCAUCAUCUAUUUCUAUGACCAUGCCAGAUAUUCCAAGAAGAAAGAGCAGGAAAGACCCAUAGAAAAUGCACCAAAGGAUGUUAUUCUGUUUUAA